AUGGCCAGGAUCACAUCAGACCUGGCUCUGGAUAUCCAACCCGACUUCACAUCUCCCACCUUUGAAGCUCUCAGAGACUGCAUCAUUGGUGGAACACAAGCAUUGCACCAGGAAGUAGCAGCUGACCUCACCACAGCCUGGCAGCAGGACUGGGACAACAGAAGCAUUGCAUGGGUUGCGCAAGUCAAUGAGGAUGCUCGUCUCACAGCUGAAGCAGCACAAACAGCACAUGAACACACAGAGCAUGAACAUCUUCACCUAGAACAAGAAACUGAAGAUGAACUUCAGGAAGCUGAGAAGAAGAAGCCCAAGAUGAACGAUUUCAAGUGUGGAAUGGUGGUAGGCGACACCCUCACCCCUCAUCCAUCUCAGUAUGCCAUACACAAGUUGAAGUCCUUUGAGUACAUGGAGCUUUGGUAUUUUAGCCCUGACAGUUGCAAGGAAACCUCAGAUGAAGCAAAAUUGUCAGCAGAGGACGCUUUUGGUUUCACAAGGGUUGAUGACUUCAUCACCCUCAAGCCAGUCACAUCCUUCAAAGCAUCCCACAAAGCCAUUCAAGACCAUAGCCUCAAUUGGCACCAGUUCGACCUCACAAAGAACAGUUUCCUCCUCUACAUCAACAAGCUGAACUGGCCUGAGAAGCGCCAAUGGGCCAUCACCAUGUUCUUUAUGAACAUUGUGGUGCAUCCCUGUAGGACUGAACCCUUUGGAGAAUGCACUCUGCUCCUGUAUGCAGCCUGCAUUCAUCAGGAUUGGCAUGACUCUCUAGUCCUCGACAAUGCUUUUGACAUCAGCAUCUUCAAUCUUACUUUGCUUAAAAACAUGACAGAGGAAGUUUGGAACAAGUCACGUCUAGAAAGCCUCACAGAGGUCAGUUCCUCCCAAAAAGAGUCCCAGUGCUGCUUCCAAUACUAA